UUUUGUACACUUCCUUUCAAAUCAUCUCUGUUUUGUGUUUUUCGUUCUCUGAAAUUCCCUCAAAAAGCUAAAGAAGGUUUUAAACACAAAUGAAGAAGGUUGUGUUGAAGUUGGAGUUGCAUGAUGACAAAGCCAAGCAAAAGGCUUUAAAGAUGGUCUCAACUCUUUCAGGAAUUGAUUCCAUCGCCAUGGAUAUGAAGUCGAAGCAAUUAACAGUGACCGGCACAGUUGACCCCGUAAACGUGGUGAGCAAAUUGCGCAAGUACUGGCCUACCGUCAUAGUAUCAGUAGGUCCAGCAAAAGAACCGGAGAAGAAAGAGGAGCCAAAGAAGGAAGAAGCAAAGAAAGAAGAGGGAGAAAAGAAAGAAGGAGAAAAGAAAGAAGGAGAAAAGAAGGAAGGGGGAGAGAAGGAAGGGGGAGAGAAGGAAGAAGGGAAGAAGGAGGAAGGGAAGAAGGAGGAAGAGAAGAAAGAAGAGGAGAAGAAGGCACAGCCGCCUCCAGACCCUGUUCUGGAGCUUGUCAAGGCUUACAGAGCAUACAAUCCUCAUAUGACAUCUUAUUACUAUGUUCAAAGCAUGGAAGAGAACCCAAAUGCUUGAGUUAUUAGUUGAGUGAAGGGGAAGAAAAAUUUAUCUCUCUCAAAUUUGUAUAUAUAUGGUGAUAUGCCU